AGAAAUUAAUGUAUAGGUGAUCAAAGGCUUAGACCUCGGCGUCCAUCAUCUAUGGAAACUAGUUUCUUCUUCCUACUUUUUCUGUUGGCUUUCUGCUCUUCUAUACACAAUAGUUUUUCUAAUACAACAAGAGACUUGAUCAAUACAAAUCAAUUCAUCAUAGAUGGUGAAACUAUUGUUUCAUCCGAUGGAACCUUUGAGCUGGGAUUCUUCAAUCCCAGCGGUUCCUCAAAUCGAUAUAUUGGGAUAUGGUACAAGCGAAUUCUUCCUCAUGUCCAAACAGUUGUAUGGGUUGCAAACAGAGAAAAUCCACUCACCAAUACAUCUUCAAUACAACUGAAGGUAACCAAGCCAGGAAUACUUGCUCUUUUCAACGACAAGAAUGAAUCUAUAUGGUCCACUAAUACCUCAAGAUCAGUCCAAAAUCCAGUUGCAGUGCUUUUAGAUUCUGGUAAUCUUGUUGUAAAGGAUGCAAAUGAUAACAACCCAGAAGAUUUCCUCUGGCAGAGCUUCAAUUUUCCAACUGAUACGCACUUGCCUGAUAUGAAGCUUGGCAAGAAUUUUAAAACUGGACAUGAGGUUUACCUUUCAGCAUGGAAGACGGAUAAUGAUCCAGCUCCAGGAGAAUUCACUCGUAACAUUGAUCCUACAGGAUAUCCACAGAUUUUUACCAAAAGUGGCACAGAUGUAUUAUAUCGUAUAGGACCAUGGAAUGGUUUGCGAUGGAGUGGAGCACCCACACCACUACUAGAAUGCUGUUUUGCCCAAGUUAUUUUCAAUGAGGAGGAAGUUUACUAUACCUAUUCACUCAUUAACAGCUCGAUUAUAGCAAGACUAGUCCUGACUAGCAACGGUUAUAUACAACGUUUGUUAUGGGUGGAUCGGACAAAGAGAUGGCAUAUUUACUACAGUUUACCAGCGGAUAAUUGUGAUACACAUAGCUUAUGUGGUGCCUAUGGGAGCUGUGACAUAGAUAAUAUACCGGUUUGUGGAUGUUUGGAAAAGUUUGUACCUAAACAUCCACAACAAUGGGAAAAGGGAGACUGGUUAGAAGGGUGCGUUCGGAAGACACCUCUAGACUGCAACAAGGAACAUGUGUUUAUAAAAUAUUCUGGAAUCAAGUUACCGGAUACUAAACACUCUCAUUACGAUAAAACCAUGACACUUGAAGGGUGUAAGCAAGUAUGCUCCAGGAGCUGCUCUUGCACAGCUUAUUCAAGUCUAGAUAUAAAGAAUGGAGACAAAGGUUGCUUACUAUGGUUUGGGGAAUUGAUUGACAUCAGAAAGCUGUCGGAAAGAGGACAAGACAUUUACAUCAAGAUGGAUUCUUCAGAGCAAGAAUCUGAGGCAGGUUCAAAAAGAAAGAAGGCAAAGAUAUUCUCAGUGAGUUUCUCAUUGUUGAUGGCAAUGAUUCUGCUAAGCCUGAUUUUGUUUUUGUACAAAUGGAAAAAGAGAAAGAAACUGCAACUCAAAGAAGAUUUUGAGCUGCCACUGUUCCAAUUGUCAACAAUAACAAGCACCACAAAUAACUUUUCGCUCAACAACAAGAUUGGAGAGGGUGGAUUUGGACCUGUUUACAAGGGAGUGUUGGAAGAGGGACAGGAAAUUGCCGUGAAGAGACUGUCAAGGACUUCCAUGCAAGGACUUGAUCAAUUCAAGAAUGAAGUUAUCUAUAUUGCCAAGCUUCAGCAUCGAAAUCUUGUGAGACUUCUGGGCUGCUGCAUCCAAGGGGACGAAAAGAUGUUGAUCUAUGAAUACAUGCCUAACAAAAGCCUGGAUUCAUACAUAUUUGAUAAAACAAGGAGCAAAUUACUUGAUUGGCCAAAGCGUUUCAACAUCAUAAACGGAAUUGCUCGCGGCUUAUUAUAUCUUCAUCAAGAUUCUCGACUACGAAUUAUCCAUAGAGACCUUAAACCAAGCAAUAUUUUGCUAGAUACAGAUAUGAAUCCUAAGAUAUCAGACUUUGGCAUGGCUAGAAGUGUUGCAGGAAAUGAGAUGGGAGCAAAAACACGCAAUGUGGUUGGGACACAUGGUUACAUGUCCCCAGAAUAUGCAGUAGAUGGGAUCUUCUCGGUAAAAUCAGAUGUGUUUAGCUUUGGUGUCUUGUUGUUAGAGAUUGUAAGUUCCAAGAGAAACAGAGGAUUUGUCCAUCAAGAUCACAACCUUAACCUUCUCGGUCAUGCAUGGAAGCUUUACAAAGAAGAUAUGUCCUUGGAACUAAUUGAUGAGCAACUAGCUGAUUCUUGGGAUAUAUCUCAAGUUUUGAGGUUAAUCCACGUGGGUUUAUUAUGCGUGCAACAACAUCCAGAUGAUAGACCAAACAUGUCUUCCGUGGUUCAUAUGUUGGCUAAUGACAAUCUACUGCCAAAAGCAAAAGAACCGGGAUUUUUCACAGAACGAAACAUAUUUGAUGAAGCAAAAUCAGGAUCGCAGACAAGAAGUUCAAAAAAUGAAGUCACAAUCACAUUGUUAGAUCCUCGGUAGAGUGUGAACAAGAAAACUAUUUUGACUUGUGUGCACAUGAAUAGUAAUUUUAGAAAUACCAUAGAACUUUGAUUCUUGAGUACUUAUUCAACAAUAUCUAAAUUAAACAGCAAUUUGGAUUUUUCUACCUAAAGAUGUUAUCUACUUAUGGAUGACAUCUUCUUCUAUUUCUACUGUUCUUUAAAUAGAAAUAUCAGAUAUAUCACAAAAUGUCAAAAUCUAUGUUAGUAAUGGAAUUCGUGCAUUGUAA